CGAAUAGCGCAGCUAUAAAGCCAAUCAGUAUCCACUGUAGACAAAUCCGUUUCCGCUUCACGCAUCGUCAAUUAGCGAAUAGAGGCUGCAGAAGCUGCGAGACGCAGAGAAAUUAGGGUUUCAGCAAGCAAGAUGAUCUACGACGUCAACUCACCGCUCUUUCGUUCAUUCCUCAGCCAGAAGGGAGGCGCCUCCGACAAGAGGAAAAUGGAGGAGCAAAAGCCUAAAGAACAGAGACCAAAAGCAAAUGAAAAUAAGCCUGUUAUGAAUGAGUAAUGUUGCAUUUAGAAUCGUAGAUAGAGAUGUGUCGAUAAACUUUGAUGGUUUCUUGAUCAAAUUUGACAUGUUUCGAAUUUGGCUUUCAUGGUUUCAGUUUGUGAUGUUCUCUGUUUACUUUUGGAUGUUAAUUUUGAAUGUCAUUGAAUUUUAAAUUGAGGUACCAAACUUCCAUCUCUGUUUAGUUGUGGAUGCUAUCUUGAGUACAGUUUAAAAACCCUGAAAUUGACUGCCGGCUUCCAUC